GUGGGCGUGGCCUGUGCUCGGCAGACCCGCCCCCUCUCCGUAUCCCGCAUGAACAUGGCUGGCAGCGCCUGGAGGUCACUGGUGAGACACGGGCUCCGGGGGCUACUUACCGCACUGCGAGGCCGCACAUACCUAGUGCCCAGUGUCCUCAUAGAGCAGCACGGGGAGUGACAGGACACUGACUGGGUGUGAGGGAGGGAGGGAGACAGGCUGUGUGACCCCCCAAUACCGCUAUGUGACCCCCAUAGCGCUGUGUGACCCCCAGCCUGCGUUAAUAGCGACCCCCAGCGCUCUGCGUGACCCACUGCGUGAGCCGCUGUGUGACCCCCAUGGCGCUGUGUGACCCCCAAAGCGCUGUGCUUGACCCCCUAUGGCGCUGUGUGACCCAUACCACUGUGUGACCCCAUAGCGCUGUGUGACCCAUACCACUUUGUGUGACCCCUAGCGCUGUGACCCCAUACCACUGUGUGACCCCCAAUAGCGCGCUUGGAAGCCCCCCACUUGGCUGUGUGUGACCCCCAUAGCGCUGUGUGACCCCCCCUUGAAAGCGCAGUCUUUGACCCCGCGGCGCUGUGUGACCCCGCCAGCUGGCAGUGUGACCCCCAGCACUGUGAACCCCCAAUGCAGCUGUGUGACCCCCAUAGCUGUGUGACCCCAGCAAGCAGUGUACGUGACCCGCCAUAAGCGCGGUGUGACCCGCCAUGGCGCGAGUGUGACCCUUCAUGGCGCAGUGUGACCCAUGCCAGGCGCGGUGACCCGCCAUAUGGCGCGGUGUGACCCCCAUGGCUAAACGACCCCAGCAAGCGCAGUGUGUGACCCCCCAUAAGCGCUGUGUGACCCCCCCAUAAGCGCAGUGUGACCUUCCCCUUAUGGCGCCCAGUGUGACCCACCCAUAAGCGCAGUGUGACCCUAAUACCUUCCAGCUGAGACCCCCAAUACGCAGCUGUGACCCCAAUACGCUGUGUGACCCCCCAUAGCGCAGUGUGACCCCGCCAUAGCGCAGUGUGACCCCGCCAUAGCGCAGUGUGACCCCACCAUAGCGCAGUGUGACCCCGCCAUAGCGCAGUGAGACCCCCCCAUAGCGCUGUGUGACCCCCCCAUAGCGCUGUGUGAUCAGAUAUAGUGACCUGGGAAAUAGCACUCUGUCUCUGUAUGGGGAUUAUACAGAUAUAAUGAGCUGUAACUCUACUCACCUAGGAAAUACCACUCUGUAUCUGGCUUGGGUUCACAGUCACUGCCCUAGGGGUAACCUAGUGCACUAUAUGUAUAGCUACCCUAAUAAUAACCCCCCAAAACAGCCAUGAGGACCCCCAUAUACACAUUGUAUAGUGCUGGUAAUUACCCAUAUACACAUUGUAUAGUGCUGGUAAUUACCAAUAUACUCAUUGUAUAGUGACCCCUGAAGACACCCAUAUACACAUUUUAUAGUGCUGGUAAUUACCCAUAUACACAUUGCAUAGUGAAUCAUUAGGACACCCAUAGGUACAUGUAUAAUGACCCCCUGAGGACACCGAUAUACACAUUGUACGGUGACCCCUGAUGACACCCAGAGGUACAUGUUUAGUGAUCACUGAGGACCCCCGUAGGUAUAUGUAUCCAUGCUACCAGACUGUACCCAUCCUGGUAAUCUUGGCACCGGACUAGAUUUAUUUUCACAAUGCAUUUGUGUCAAAAAAAGGAUGGCUGGAAGUUCUAGUGCAAUAAAGUUAUCUAAAGUUACACAUUUUGUAAAAUUCCUUUCAUUUUUCUAUUUUUAAAUGGAAAGGUUACCGUUCCUACAACGUACCUUUAACAGCUAACUGGGUAGUGGAUAAACUUAUAGCCGCUCCCUGUAGUGGUUAUGGUGCUAGGAGUGCUUUUGUGCCCAACCAGAGUGAUUUGUCAAAUCGUUUUAGAAUGGAUUGACAAGACAACUUACCUGGGUCCUGCUUAGUGCCCACAUCCACACUGCCUGCUACUGGAUUGUUCUUGUGAUAGAACAUACGGUUUUCUCCACUGAGCUAAGCAGGGUCAUGCUAAGAUGCUGUCAUUGGCUGAGAGUAUCAGCUGACCCCUCUCAGCCAGUGAGCGCUGUGCUACUUACCACAGCGAAGACAUCGGGAAGGAGAAGCCGUUUCAUCUGUAUUGAAACUGGGGUAAUUUGUCAAACCGUUCUAAAAUAAUUUGACAAAUUAGUCUGGGAGGGCACGGGGCCAUAACAACUACAGCAAUUUCUUGAAAGUGUCUUUCAUAACAAUGAUCAGUGGUUUAGAUUCUAAACUUAGAGUAUUGCAUUAGUUUAACAGUCAUAGGCCUCUGAUUAAUUAGAGGGAGAUGCUGAAUAUGAGAUAAAUAUUAACUCACCAGCUCCUAAAGUGGCUUAAUAUAUAUAUUUUUUCUUUAGGACCUGUUAUCCAUAAACAUGAACCUGUUAUAAGAGGUUACAUUUAAUGUCACUGUAAAUUAUUAGCAUGGAGGGCACACUGUCAAAAAAGAAAAGCUGGCAAAGAGCAAAAAGAUUUUUACAAAUUAUUCAUUCUCUUAAAACCCCAAUCCCCUCGGGCAAAUGUAUCAAUAGAAGCACACUCUAUACAUUUUUAUUCAAUUAAUGCUAAACUACAUAAAUGUAGAAAAUCAAUGCAAAGAACAUACUUGGAAAAUAAUACAAUAAUAGGAUAAAUAGACUAUAGGCAAUUCAAACAUUAACCUAACCCGUCCUGAUGAAAGAUUAAACAACUUGGUAGAAUAAUUUAUCAAGGCAUGAAAUAAACAAACAUCACAGAUAACAAUUCUAACAAAACCAGAGUAAGAGCGGUAAGGUGCGGACACCAACAAUAAAUACCUUUCAACGUUUCGGCUGUGAGCCUUUCUCAACCGAGGUUUUGCCAGAUUCUGUUGGUAUGUUACCUGUGAUGUCUGUUUUUUUUCAUGCCUUGAUAUAUCCGAGAAAUAUAUAUUUUAUGGAGUUUGAAUUUAAUGUCACUUCAGUUCAGCUUUGAAUUCACUACCAUUUUAUGUUUAGUGAGUAGACCUCUGAUACCUCCAAUUUGUCGUUACUUUUUUCAUAAUAUUUAAUUUUUAAAAAAAGCGAAAUUUCUUUGUCUGCAGUCUAGCAACUCAGUCUAGGUUGUUAUGGUGCUUAGACUCCCCCUUGGGAUGUGUGCGCAGGUGUAAUCUGUCCUUUGAAAUCUGUGCAGUGCAUGACUGAUCCAGCUUUCUGUAGCUUGGAAAAUUUGUAUUUACAUGCGGAAUACUUUCAUUAAUGAUUUAAAAAAAAUAAAAAUGAGUAUAACUACUUACACGUGUGCAGAUGCUGUACAAGCUUAGUUAAAGAAAGCCAUGGGAUGGACUCAGGAGUUUUACAGUAUUUAUGUGCCAUACAAAUCCUUGUAUGAGUCAGUUCUAUUUCUCUUGAUGUACAGUAGGUGUGUAUAAUUCCAUGUGAUUUUAGAAAAUGUGUGCAGAACUGUUAUUGAACGGAAUACAAAAGUAGUUAUUGCACUAUAAGUUAUUAAGUUAUGUAAGGAUUGGAAAUUACUGUGGUUAGGUGCUUAAACAACACUAAGCACCUUGUAGUUGUUAUAGUGCAGGUUGUCUUUGUGUCUUAUCCCCUAGGUUUGUGCUACGCUAAUUUUGAGGGUUUUGACAAAAAAUAGGGCUCGCUCGGUGACCCAAGGCACAACCCCUCUUCUGCUACUCAGAUAACCUGGAAUUUUCACUUCUGUGUUUUCUGUACAAAGCUCUUUACACUUGCGCAGUAACGAUAAUUGGAGAGUCUAGAGUGAGAAACACUGGAUACAAAUUCUUUUUUUUCUCCUGAUGUUUGUUGUUACUUUCAGGUAAUUUAAAACACCGUGGCAAAUAUGUACAUUCUUUUCAGCGCAGAGGUCAUCUCAUUAAAGAUCCCAAGGGGAAGAUUUAGGAAAUAUAUUUUUUAUUGCUUUCUUUUUUUCAUAUUAUAGGACAUGCACUCCAGAUGUUGUGGACUAGCAUGUGAGAUCUGCCCAAUUGGCUAUUAUUUUACUCGUAUUAUAUUAAUAAUCUUUAACUUUAAACUAUAGGCACAUAUGAAUAUGUUAAAAAAAAAUAAUUUUAUUUGGUAUUUUCUGUCCAUUAUAUCUGUAAAUUUAUUGCAGUAUCUGCGUACAAUGAUACACAUCUAGUUUCACAUCUUUUUCCAAAUUCGCGUAUUUUUUUUUCUAGCAAUGGUGUGGCAUAUGUUUUCCUUAUGCCAUUUAAGUGGCGAAAUUUGGAUUUGUGCAAAUCAAGAAGCUAACACACACUGCAUUGCUCAUUUGUUUUGAUUCAGCCAACUCUACUGUACACAUAAGACCUUUGUGUCAGAGACCUUUGGACUCUGACCUUGACUUAGUAUCAUUACCCAUUAUGCUAAAGUUUAUAUCUUAGAUUCUUCUACUUGUAUCCAAUCCUUGACCCUGAUUAUUGUCUUUAUUUCUGUUCCUGAAUCUCCUGCAAUUAUCCAGGAGUAAGGCCUGCAUUGUGUGUUUGUAAUGCAGCUAUUCAAAACCAGAGGAUCUACAUUUGAGGGGAAUUUGUUGUCCUGUGCAAACCCAUUAAAGGAAUAUUCUAGGCUUCUUUUUUUCCUUCCGCUGUUUAGAGAUUCAGUGAUCCGAGGCAGUAGAGUAAGUUUUACUUUUCCUACCAGCUUCUGUCCGUAGACAUGGUGCAUUGUGGGAUGUGACCAGCUUCUGUCCGUAGACAUGGUGCAUUGUGGGAUGUGGUGCACAUCAUGUAGGAGUGGGCUUGCACAGUUACAGUAUCCAUUGCUGUGGCCAUCUUGGAGGUGAAGGAAGCAAUUAAUACAUUCUGGUGGCUAUUUUGCCAGCACAAUAUUUCUGUUAUAAGUACACCGGUCUGAAUGCAAACCUAUAGCCUCUGAAUUAGGAGUCAUAUGCCAACCUUUCUACCCACACAGACCAUGUCAACUGUGGCAGAUAGGAUGUCAGUAAAAAUAAUAGUUACAAGAACAUUAUGCACAUCCAGUUACCUUGGGUUACUCCAACAACAAAAAAAUAUAACAAAUAAAGAAUAAACCUACAUCUUUUCCAGCACUAGACCUUUUUAACCAAAGACUUGUUAAACACAGAAUGUAACUCAAUUUGUAAUUUGGUGCAAUUUGCUUUCUGCUAAAAAAAUAAAUAAAAAAAUCUAAAACAAAAAUUAGAAUUUGAUAAAUGUAUGAAACACCAUAUUAAUAACAAAUUUGAACAUUUACAAGUAAACCAAGAGACUGGAGUGUCGCCGCCAAGGACUCCCUUUCCACCUUAGUGAAAAGCCCCAGAAUGAUUAUAGCCCUCCCCUAGUCAUCAGCCGAGGCUUGAUUAUAGCCCUCCCCUAGCCAUCAGCCGAGGCUUGAUUAUAGCCCUCCCUUAGCCAUCAGCCGAGGCUUGAUUAUAGCCAUCUCCUAGCCAUCAGCCGAGGCUUGAUCAUAGCCCUCCCCUAGCCAUCAGCCGAGGCUUGAUCAUAGCCCUCCCUUAGCCAUCAGCCGAGGCUUGAUCAUAGCCCUCCCUUAGCCAUCAGCCGAGGCUUGAUCAUAGCCCUCCCCUAGCCAUCAGCCGAGGCUUGAUUAUAGCUCUCCCCUAGCCAACAGCUGAGGCUUGAUUAUAGCUCUCCCCUAGCCAACAGCCGAGGCUUGAUGUUAGGUAAAACAAGAAUACUUUAUUGGAGUGAUUGUCCCCUUUUUAUACCUGGGUCCCUAACAGGGGGUCACCAGGAGAACAAUGGGAUUUCACAAUUCAUGGGUGUCUGUACCCGAUGUUAACUUUAUUACCAGCUAGGCACCGAAAAAUAAAACACUUCAAGCCAUAUGUUCAUCUGCCCUCAUCCCUAAGCUGGUGUGACCCCUGGAUAGCUCUCCCCUAGACCGAUGUUCUGUUCAGAAAAGCACCCGUAUCGGAGGUGCCUAGAGUUCCAGACCACUGGGUGAAAAGUCCCGGUCACUUUUAAUGUCUGUUUACGAAGUCAGUACGUGGAGCUCCCUCAAGUCCUGUCGUGUCAUUCACCUCCUCUAUCACACAUCCAAAUAGCACCCUGUUAGAUGGUUCUUGAUAAAGUUUGACCGGGCCGCAGUGAUUCCGCAAUCUGAUCGAAAGUUCCAGGAGCUUUGUAGGUUGCUCCCGGUCAGGCACGCCGUGCAUCUGUGAGUUCCCUGCCUGUCUCAGAGGCCCCCUGGACCACUGAAUAGGAAUGCUAGGCAGGGAGACAUGAUCUGGAGGGGGAAUAAGUAUGUGAUAAUUGUCUUUUCAGGAGAAGGUAGUGGCAAGGCCUAGGUUACCGGGUGUGAUAUUGUGUGGUUGGAAACCUCAUGAGGACUUUUAUAUUGUGUGGUUUGACACUAAGUCUCCGGGUAGUAUAAGGAGUCUUUACAUGUGAGUGCAAUUUAUGUAGAACUAGCACUUAAGUCUAACGGUACGGUGGAUGUUUGUUCUUUCUUUUUACAUUUUUAACCCCUUAAGGACACGACUUCUGGAAUAAAAGGGAAUCAUGACAGAAUAUUUCCGUCAUGUGUCCUUAAGGGGUUAAGGAUUUGUGUAGAAAUUAAAAGAUUUUUUUUUAUUAUUACUGGCAUCUAUAAAAUUCCUACAUAUUCCGCAGGGCUGAAAAAAAAGUGAUUGUCACAUUUUUAAGUGUGUCAGUAUCCUUGGUACACGGGGUUCCUGCUUGUGUUUUAUAAAUUCAGUGAACUCCUUAAUUGAAUUAGUACUAAUGACAUUCCCUAAUUGGUUACUUUCGUAUUGUACUUUUCUUUUCAGGUUUUGUUUCUUCUGUAUUUACCAGUGAUUUGUUUUAACAGGUCAGCCGAUUGGCAGGAACACUAAACCUGCCCAUAAAUGGAACCAGGGCCUUUUCUAACCAAGUAAGUAGGUUUAUCGCCAUCUUUAUAUACCGUGGUGUAUUUGAAAUACCCAAAAUAAGCAAUAACACAAUAAGACAAGUGGGAUGAACACACAAAACAAUGCAAUUUCAUUUAUGUAGACACAUGUGUAUCCUCCCCAGAGUUAAACGUACCUGUAUAAUGCAAAACAAGUUCACUGUACAAAUAUAAUGCAGAGCAAUAUACAUGCUGCUAAAAGUUGAUAAGCCGUAUCCAUUCCAACAUGGAUGAUACUGCUAUGCUAGUUUUGUUAGCUGCUUGGAAACUGAUCAUGGUUUUUGGUUCAGAUGGCGCUGAGCAGGGUUACAUCUCUAAUUUCACAUCUCUGUUACAGAUGCAGACGGUGACCCUGAUACCAGGAGAUGGGAUCGGGCCAGAGAUUUCAACGGCCGUCAUGAAAAUUUUCGAGGCAGCCAAAGUGAGUACGACGGGAAAGAACACAACACAAACCUACACAGAACUACUUACUAAAUUAUUGAUAUUGAAAUUGUGUAGAAUUUUUUUAAAUUCAUCUCAGUAUAACACUGAUUAAGGACUUUUUUUUUUUCUCGUUACUAAUGAUUUGAGUGUCUGUCCAACAUGCAGUGGUUUUCAGAAUGAAUGCAUGCUGGGAAAUGCAAAUACAUCACUGUUACUGACAGCACAAUCCUGGAACUGUCAGUGUCACUGUUUACCUGAAGAUUUCGGCAAGUGCCAGAAAAGUCAGAUUUAGAACUUUUUUGUAAUGGAGGAAAACAUCAAUUCGUGUUGGUACUCCUCCUACAGUAGUGUUUGAAGCGGUUUUAUAGUAGUCCUAUAUCUAUUAUUGUGAGUACACAGCGUUCUUUGCAAAUUGCUUGUUUUAUCCCUAACUGCAUAUACCCCAACAUAUGUUCACAUCAGAGGACGUUUUAAGUUAUACCUUAUUUAAACUUGGCUUCUCUGGAAAGAGCAAGGGUUGUCAGGUCUUUUCGACUUUUAACUAGUAAAGCGAGUCUUGUUUUGGGUGUGUCGUUGUGUUUGUAUACUGUAUUGUUUUGAGAUUCUAGUUGAAGAACAAAAACCUUUUUAACAUUUCUAGCCUAGGAAUUUCACUUAUUUUGUGUGGUGCUGCUCCUUUAUGAAGCGGCUGAUAAUAAAACUGGUUUUAUUUUUAUAUUUUGUGUCUGCACAUUAGGUGCUUAAUAACGGAGUCCAUUCAUAGUGUUUGUGUUGAAUUCUCCUCCUCCUACACAGACUGUGUUUAAUGUAGCAUCCUCAAACAUUCAGUGGGACACCCCAAACUCCAGCCUUCCUGGGCAUGACAUGGGAAAUAUGAUGGGGAGUAUGAUGGCUGGGGAAAACUUCAGAAAUCAAUUUAAGAGUAGGAUUAAUAGGUGAUUGAAAUAUAUUGAUGGGAUGAAAUAGGAAAAUUAUUAUUUUCACUUAUAUACAGUGGAAAGGCAAGGUUCUAUGUAUCCACCAAAACAAAUUAAUCCAGAACAAAUACAUAGGGCAGUAUAGCCUGGGUGUUAUGUUACAUUGACCCCAAAUAUAGCACUUUCAAGCUGUAACUGACGUUCAGGCAUGCCACUAUACACACAGAUUUAUUUCUUGUGAUCUAGUCUCUAAUAAUAAACUACUUUGAGUGUAGAGUGUUGGAACAAAAUAAACAAUUUAUUGGGUCUACACACAAAUGGCAAUAACAAAGUUCUCUCUGAUCAGUUGCUCCAGAAUCCGCCCUCGCCCCGAACUCCAACAUAACAGGACAAACACCACACUGAUUUUAAAAAAAGUCCAAAAAAGAGUUAAAAGUCCAAAUGAAACUUAAAUGGACAGUCCAAACACCCAAAGUGCUUCAGGCUGCAGAAAUGCUUUAUGAGUUAAGAGUGUGUGCCCUUUUUAUUUUCCAUUUUACCAAAAGUGGAGGAUUCAGUAGAAAUGAUCACUUUUAUUAAUAAAUCUUGUUACAUCCUGUGGCUUUCAAGCAGAUAACCGGCCCUGUUCUCUUCCUAAUAGUUUAGCUCAGUGGAACUACAUUCAAGAGAAAUUGCCCAGAGCACCUGCCUGGCAUAAACGUCUGUGUGUUCCUUUAAUGGUAAACACUAUAUAAUCUUAAAGGAACACUCCAAGCACCAGAAACACUACAGCAUAAUGUAGGAUUGCCCUGGUGCCCCCACAUUGUAAACCAAAUAGUUUUAGAUUGGUUUGUCUUCUUACUCUUGGUCUGCCUCCUAGCCUUCUGAUAGAGAACCAGAAGCUCCUAAGCAAUAGCUUCAAUUAGUUCUCCUGAGCUAAGCCUCGCAGUGCAGGGCUAGCUCAUUGGCUGAAAACUGAAGAAAAUGUCCCGACAGCCUGGAUUCACUGGACCCAGUCUGCCAUAGAGUUAUGCACUCCUUGGCGUGCAUGUGUCAGGAAAUCACACUUGCUGAGCUGUUGUAAUGCCAGAGCCACUUAGAUACCUUGAAAGCUUGUGAAUAUCCCUGCAUUGCUCUGAUGUUAGCUUGACUCAGCAAUCGGUUUUCUGCUCCUGGAUGAGUCAAACAGGGCUUACCUUACUGAAAGAGGAGAAAUACAAGGACAAAGGGAGAAUGCGGUUGAGAAACACAGGGAUAUAGGACUUUGAUACAUGGGAUGGUAAUGGGACAUUAGACUGGUUUGCAAAUCCUUGUUAAAUCAGGCCAUAUGAUAUUUGUACAUUUGCCUGUGUAUGCUACGUUUCCUUCAUUUAUUUGUCCAAAUAUAGCUGAAUUAUGCAUAGAGAUAAUUUUUUUCUUUCCUAACUACAGGCUCCAAUACAAUGGGAGGAGAGAAAUGUCACAGCCAUUCAAGGUCCAGGAGGGAAGUGGAUGAUUCCACCUGAAGCCAAAGAAUCCAUGGAUAAAAACAAGAUGGGCCUGAAAGGUACAACCCGAUGACAAGAUCUAUCUGUCUAUAAUGUGUAUCUGUGAUAUUGGCCCCUAAUGUUGAUGAUCUGAUUGAUGAGGACAUUGUACCUUGUUUACCGGUAGGACCUUUGAAGACACCCAUUGCUGCUGGACAUCCGUCUAUGAACCUGCUGCUUCGGAAAACAUUUGACCUUUAUGCCAAUGUGCGCCCAUGUGUUUCAAUCGAUGGCUACAAAACCCCUUACACAGACGUAGACCUGGUCACUAUUCGGGAAAAUACAGAGGGUGAAUAUAGUGGAAUUGAACAUGUGGUAUGUGGAUUUGACUUAUUGUUCCUACUUUGGCCAAGAGAAAUUAGGAUGUUUGCACCAUUAUAACGUCCAUGAACAGUUAAAUAGUGAGGUUUACAUUAGUGUAUAUAUAAGUUGCGUUGCUAUAAUUAUUUCUUACGUUGUGUUUCAGAUUGUGGACGGUGUGGUGCAGAGCAUUAAGUUGAUUACAGAGGAUGCAAGUCAUCGAAUUGCAGAGUUUGCCUUUGAGUAUGCGAGGAGCAACCAGCGGAGCACAGUGACUGCAGUACACAAAGCCAACAUCAUGUGCGUUAUUUUUCCCAUUAUAUAGCAUGAAUAAAGGGGGAGAGAGAGAGACUAGAAUUAAAGGAAAGAGUGUAAAGGAUGAAAGUAUGGAGCUGGCAGAGAGGGUUAGACAUACUGGAGAAUCCAGAGAGAAUCCAAUGUUGGAGAUGUUCUGCAUACUUGGAAAUGCUUGCUGGAGAAGCUGUUGUAAGAAACAUAAAACAGAUGCCUAUGCCCUACAGUGUUUUUGUAGAAUUUAUACACAUUGUGACUGUAAAUUGUGUCAAAAACAUAACUUGUCUUUUGUAUAUUUUCAGGAGGAUGUCUGAUGGUCUUUUUCUGCAAAAAUGCAGAGAGGUUGCUGAAAAUUAUAAAGACAUAAAGUUUAAUGAGAUGUACCUGGAUACAGUAUGUCUUAAUGUAAGACCCCAAAAUCAAAGCAUUAUGUGCUGUAUUGAUAUUGCUGUUAGUCUAGCCUUAUUUGCACAAAACAGUUUGGUUUUGUUUCUGAAAGACAAACAUUACAAGGUUAAGCUAAAAUAGCCCAACUGUUUGGAUUUUCCUAAUUAGUAAACGUUGGAAUUUGGUUUCCACUUAACUACAAUUUAGGUAAUAGUGACUAAACCCCUUUGUGUAUAAUGCACUUUUUACUGCAGCUUCACUUUCAUUUCCAUUAUUUGUGUCUCCUUACAGAUGGUCCAGGAUCCCACACAUUUCGAUGUGCUAGUCAUGCCAAACCUCUAUGGGGAUAUCUUGAGGUAUGUGGACACGGACGCAGAUUAACACAAAUCCUUCUGACUGUUACCCUGACUUACUAUAAUGCCACCAUGCUCCAAUAGAUAGAAUUUUUAUUCUGGUGUUUGUAUUUCUAAAACAUAGUUUGAGGACAUUCUGUUUUAUGGCCAUAGGUCAAAUAAGGACAGAAAAAAAAGAAAAGGUUCAUACAGAAGUGCCAAAGGUGGUGGUGUUUUUUGUUUGUUUUUUUUUUCCUUUCUUUUCGUGUCAUUAAAGGGGCACUAUAGUCACUAGAACAAUUACAGCUUAUUGUAUUUGUUCUGGUGAGUAUAAUCAUUCCCUCCAGGUUUUUUUCAGAAAACACUGUUUUCAGAGAAAAUAUUUGAUAUUACAGCAUAGGGAUACCUCCACUGGCCACCCCUUAGAUGGUUACUACAGGUGCUUACUGGGGCAGUGCUGCACAGUGUGCAGCACUGCCAUUCUGUGUCUCCACCCUUUGCAUGGAGACACUGAACUUUCCUCAUAGAGAUGCAUUGAGUCAAUGCAUCUCUAUGAGGAGAUGCUGAUUGACCAGGGCUCUGUUUUUCUUGUGCUGGCUCUGCCCCUGAUCUGCCUCCUUGACAGUUUCAUCCCAUUCAAUGCAUUCCUAUGUUUUUAACACUAUAGGGUCAGGAAAACAUGUUUGUGUUUCUGACCCUAUAGUGACCCUUUAAAGCCAUGUAAAGUAACUUGCCUGUAAUGCAUUUGUCUUAUCUUAACCAUAUGUACACACAGAUAAGGAAUACGUGCAUCUGCAGGGUUAUGUAAAGAAACCAUAGGAAGUAAUGUGUGCUAGACUAUAAAACUUGAAAACUCAACAUUUAAGUGCCUGUGGUAAUUUCUUUAAUUGGGUAAUACGCAUUUGUUUUAUCGCUAAUUUUAUAAUUCUUUCUUUCCUCCUCCAAGUGACUUGUGUGCUGGGCUAAUCGGUGGUCUUGGAGUUACCCCAAGUGGUAAUAUUGGGGCGAAUGGAGUGGCGAUAUUUGAAUCGGUAAAGUAAUAUCUUGUAUACACUUAACACUAAAAUCCCAGUAAACCAGAUUGAGCACCAUAACCAUUUUUGCAUUACAAAAGAUUACACCAGCUAUUAUGGUCAAGGGAUGUGUAGCUGUCUUCUCUGAGAUAUUCUAGAAGCUUAUAUUCAAAUACCUUGACACCUGUGAAUGUUUUAUCAGGUUUUGAAAACCGACAAUCUUACACGAAUAACGUUGUGUAUGAGAGAAGCUUUCUGAGAGAAAACAUAGACUCUGUACCCAAAGAGUUGCCAAUGUGCAUCUGUAUGACAUUGUCCAUUGCAGUUUUAUAUUCAUCAAAACCAAGAGACCUUUAUUCACCAGUACAAGAAAGUUAUUCUUUAAUAUUAUCUCCUAAUCUUAUUGUGUUGUUGUCUGCUAUAACAUCUGGCAGCCUUGUUAAAUCAAGGCUGUGUGGCUAACUCAUGACUGAUCUACUGGAACGUUUUGUUUGUGUUUGCCGUAUUUAGCUAAAUAGCUAACCUCAUUCUUCUCUAUGUAGGUUCAUGGGACCGCUCCCGAUAUCGCAGGGAAGGACCUGGCUAAUCCUACAGCUUUACUUCUCAGUGCAGUCAUGAUGCUGCGUCACAUGGGUCUACAGGAGUAUGGGCGCAAAAUAGAGGCUGCCUGCUUCGAGACCAUUAAAUCAGGCCAGGUGAGAACAGAUGGCUUCAUUGACACAAUAAGUUGUGCAUGUUCCUAUUUAUUUUAAGAUUCAUUUAACAAUAUUACACUUGUCCAUAGUGGACAUGGUGCUUCAUUUUAAAUGUUUAUACUAUACCUUUAAGUAAUAUAUUGACAUGUAUUCUGUCACAUGAAGGCAAGCUUGAAUAAGUCGUAGUUUAGGUUAAUCUCACAUUCAAAAAUGACAUUGACAGCAGUUUGUAGAAAAUGUACUCACCUGAGCAUUGGCAUAAAUGGCAGACUAAUACAAGUCACGAACAUUGUGGAAAGCAUGUUGGUACGUUGUUGUAAGCCUAAUCAAGCUACACUAGUUAGCAAACUUAAGCCGUCAUCCUGUGCUUGACCUUGAGUACAUUACUCACAAAAUCUAAAAAAUCCAGUAUCCAGACUUGUAUUCCCAAAAUCACCUGUAUGCACUGCACAACAUGGACAAACAGCAAACCAAAUGUCAAACACAACUAUCCGUAAGGUGAUUGGUACAGAAAUAAAGUAUCUCUAUUAAAAAUAUAAAAUCUGGAGCAUGCUUUGUGACUUUAAAUAUAUUCCUCCGUGGGCUGUAACUGUGAAAUAUUUUGCACAAAAAUUAGAUUAAAAAAAUUGGUCUUCUAUAACUCAGGAUUGUUUGAAAUGCCAUCCAGCAUAAUGCAAAUAUAAAAAGGGAAAAUAUAUAUAGUAUAAAACCCUUUCUUACAUAAAAAAACAUUAAAACUAAUUAAGGAGGCUUACAGCAGUGUUGGUGGGACCGCUAUGGUUUUAAACCCGCUGCUGCGCUUUCAGUAUUAAGAUCUGCUGCUUUAAUCUCUACUAGUUUUAAACGUCCACCACUCCUGAUUCCCGUCUGUAUCCUUCAAUGGAGCCUGGUUUGUUUGUCAGUGAGAAGCAGUCGUAAGUUAAGUCAAUGGCCUCAAGUUUAAUGUCGAUGGAUACUCUAGUUUUGUUUUAAUUCUGUGAUACUGCAGAACUGGGUAUAUAAAAUAAUAAAAGCUGCAGCGUGUAAGACACGGACACAAGAGGUGAUCUGGAUGGCUAAAUGUUAUCCUUUGCAUGUAUGCGCAAAGCCAAGGUGAGAUUCUCAACAUGUUUGGGUGCUGACUAGUAUUCCGUACAGAACAUAGACCAGAGACUUCUGAAAGCACACUGCGAUGGGCAAGCAAUACUAUAGUAGAUUAACACACCAGGAAGGCUGCAUUCAACUUCACUAACCAAUAUCCAUAAAUGAUAAAUAAAUACAAAUUAUAACCACAUUUGCAUUCUGCCUCUCCUUUCCUAGUCAAUGCAUUUUCUGACAGUUUAACAAACUUAGCUGUUGAUGUAAUAUUUUUAGAUCAGUGUUUCAAAUGAUUUAAUAUUUUUGGAUAAAUGUUUAAAAAAAAAAAUCAAAAUAUUAAAAUAUCAAUUUAUAAAAUAAAUGUUUUCCAACAUAUUAAAUCAUUUUAAAAGUUUAUGCAAAAAUAUUAAAUGAGGGCCUCGUUUGGUAAAUUACACUUUAACUUUUACUUGAAGCAAGCUUGGUCCAGUUAUCCACUGUUCUUGAUAGCAGAGCCUUUUAAAAACACUUCUCAAAUGAUGCCAAAAUCACCUCUUUUUUCUUUCCUGUGUUGUAAUUUGUAGGCACGGACAAAAGACUUGGGAGGAAAUGCCAAAUGCUCUGACUUUACUGCUGACAUCUGCCGCAGGAUACGGGACAGUGACUAGAUCUGCCAUGCUUUUUCAUGAUGCAAGUCCAGCCAGCUGAUUAUCACACGCACAUAAUAUUCUGCUAAUUACUGAUUUCAUUCAUUAACAUGUAAUCCCUUCUCUGCCAUAGAGGUCUAUUGUCACAUGGUCCUCUCUGGCAGUAAAAGGGUUUAAAUCGUUAAAGCCAAGUGGAAAAUGUGUCGAUGGAAAAAGCUAAAGUUUUCACGUGAAAUGCUAGAGGCAUAACAACGCCCCAUAAGAUUGCUGGUAUUUUUAGCUGACGCCGGAAUAAAAUAACUCCUUUAUUUAGAUAAACUGGAAUUUUAAGAAAAGAGAAGCCACCUUGGUUGCCUUGAUAUCUUGUACCUUACAAAGACGAGGGGUGUAAGUCCUAUGUAGAUCACAUAGUAAAAAGAAAGGGAACUAGAGUAUGACACACAAAUAUUCAAGUAAUUAGCAACACAUCAAAUAACUAAAGGUUUUUAGUAGAUUAUCUUUGGUGCGUCAUGCAAUCCCUAAUGCUCAUUCUAACCUAUCCUCUAGCUCCCGGUGGCCCUUCUAAUCACUCCAUAAGAUUAACACUCUUAUAAGAUCUGCAUCUCAUGGCUUGAUAAAAGCACAUAGCAUUCCCAACAUCUCUUUAUAUAUCAUCUCACAAGGCAUCUACUAUUGCUUCAUAUAAUAAGGGGCUAUCGCUUCCGGGCUGUACUGACUUUAAUUAGUUUGGGCCAGUAGGAGCUUUUUCCGAAUGUAUUUAUGUUACACUUUGACAUAUGGAGAAAGGGUAAAUAUUUUUUUUUGUUUAAGAUAAGUUAAUCUUUAUGCAGCAUCUUUAGUGUGGCUGGAUUCUUUUUUUUCUCCCUCUGUUGAUUUGCAAUGCUCUUAAUUAUUAUGAUAAUUGGUGUUACAAUAUACUGCUUGGUGUACUUUGAUCUUGUCUUUUUGCCAAAUGUCUUUUAUGGCUGCUAUGUUGUUGGGGCAAUUGACUUAGCCUUUUCUUAAGGAUGAAUAUAACAGUUACAUUUAACCACUCCACAUUAUCUGUCCUUUGCAAAGCUGCAUUUAAUUAUACUUGUUAUUCUCUAAAUAUUAGAUCCUCCCACCUGCCCUAAUGCAAUAUUUAUGCCGUUAUGUGGCUUUGAGCCAUGCAUUUAAGUUGGAAAGAAAAUACUCUGAUUUGGUUGACUGAUCGCUCCAUUUAGCAAUACACCACAAGAGGGCACUGAAGCACACUGCUCCACGAGGCGUUAAAGCACAGUCCAAAUCCACCUGUAUGAAUGUCUUGUUAAAGCCUUAAACGUUUCAUUUUGGAAGCUGUAUUUAUUAUAUAUCUGUUGGUGAAUUCAUUUUGUAAUUCUUGCAAUUUGAGUUACUGCUUUAUAUCCAUUUACACUUGACUUUGUUUUGCAUCUUUAUUAAAUGUGCAAUGUCUUUUGAAAGAGUCAUUUAAUAUGACUGCAAUGCUUAUUCAUCUUGUGUGUGCCUGUUCUGUUUAUUUAAAAUAAAAAAAAUAAAAAUAGAGCACAUCUUUCAG